CCCAGACAGACACGAUGCAAGGAGGGGGCCCCAGACAGACAGAUGAGUGGUAUGACAGGGGAGGUGGGCAGUGCUGGGGUCACCCUCCGUCUAUCCUCCCGGUCACAUGGUGCAGCCUCCAGUCCACCUAAUACCGUUCAUCCGGUAGAUCUAUUAUGUAAGACGACUGGAGUCAGAGGAGGCAGGAAGAUAACUCCCAUCAUUAGAAUAUCAUCACAGUGUGAACAGCGACGAGGAGGAGAGCGGGGCCGGCCCAGAGGAGGAAGCACAACACAUGAGAGCAGAACCUCAGCGAGGGACAGACACAGGCAGCAGACAUGAAGUCUCCCCCUCCGCAGACCGGACCUCCCAACCUCCAGGAUGAAACUAGUGCCGAUGCCAACAGACCGCCGGGCCAGAAAGAGCAGGCGCCGGGCGAGACUGAGAAGGACUCUGGGUACUCUGACGACAGCUCAGAAAGCCUUAGCUCAGAGGACACCCCCCCAUCAGACGUGACACAAGCGCCAUACACCCCCAUCUACAUCCUGCAAAACGUGGUCCUCAAACAGCCUCAGCUCGUUCUUCUGCAGCCUCCACCACGACAACGGAGAACCUCCCCUGCAACUUACCUCCCCAUCCUCCGCUCUUACCCCAGGAUUGCCCCCCGUCUCACCCCUCCAAGCCCGGCCCCCCUGAAAGACACAGCCCCAAAUUCUUCUUCCGCUGGAGAGCACAGGCGGAGCGCGCCGCAGCUGCUGGAGGUCUCGCUGCGCUCUCUGGCCUUGCUGCGGCGGACACGAGACACACAGCGCUCUAUCCGGGAGCUGGGCGCUCACACCAGACUGUAUGAGAGCGCGCUGCAGGGCGAGGACGGGGGAUGGGAGCGGCUGCGGGAGGCCAUGGAGAGGAGUGGAGGCUACCGGAGAAGAGAAAAGGUAGAAGGCGCCAGCAACACAAAUACGGCUUCCAUCAUGAGCAGAGAUGACUCCACCCACCAGACAGGAGGCGGGGACAUCUCCGAUGACAUCAUCAGAAGCAGGGAAUGAACUGUAUCUGCUUUGUAACAACACGACCUGAAUUUAUUUAA